AUGCUUCAGGGACUCCUAAAGUCAUCGACAGCUUUCUCCACGCGAGCGUUAGCUCGUCAGCCGCAUCAAUAUCAUCGCAUAAUUCAUCGGACCAGCUUCACCCUUGCCACAAGAUUAAUCCACACUUCACAACGUCGUCUAGCUGAACUAACAGAGGAUCAACUCGAGAUACUAAAUCAAGAGAGACCCAAGGAUAGCGUUGAUGUUUGUAUCGUAGGUGCAGGUCCAGCAGGAUUAGCCACUGCGAUCAAAUUGAAACAAUUGGAUAAUGAGCAAGGAAAUGGUGAUAAACGAGUUGUUGUAUUGGAGAAAGCAGCUGAUUUUGGUAGUCAUAUCGUUAGUGGAGCUGUCAUUGAACCACGAGCAUUACGUGAGUUAUUCCCUGAUUCGGACGAAGAUAUACCCGUGCCGGCUGAUUUAGUGACCAAAGUAACAGAAGAUCAUAUGAAGUAUUUAACUGAGAAAUCAAGUUGGCCAUUGCCUGAGCCACCGCAAAUGGCCAACAAGGGAAAGAACUAUAUCACCAGUUUGAACAAUUUGGUGAAAUAUCUAAGUGAACAAGCUGAAGAAUUGGGUGUAGAACUAUACCCGGGUAUUUCAGUUAGCGAUGUGGUCUACAAUGAAGCUAAAGAUACUGUUAUUGGAGUAGCAACUAAAGAUAUGGGGAUCGAUAAAAAUGGUGCUCCAAAAGACACUUUUGAAAAAGGAAUGGAGUUUAAUGCAAGAGUCACAGUGUUUGCAGAAGGAUGCCAUGGAUCAUUAACUAAACAGUUAAUCAAGAAAUUCGACUUGCGCAAACAUGCCGAUGUACAAACAUAUGGAUUGGGAAUAAAAGAAGUAUGGGAAGUUAAACCGGAAAAUUUCAAGCCAGGAUACGUUGGGCAUUCAUUGGGGUUCCCCUUGACUAAAGAAUCUGCUGUCUAUGGAGGGGGGUUUAUCUAUCACUUCGGUGACGGAUUAGUAGCUGUAGGUUUAGUCAUUGGAUUGGACUAUGCCAACCCAUAUAUUUCACCCUAUCAAGAGUUUCAAAAAAUGAAAACUCAUCCGUACUACGCUGAUGUGCUACGAGGAGGUAAAUGUAUUUCAUAUGCCGCUAGAGCAUUAAACGAAGGUGGAUAUCAAAGUAUUCCCCAAUUAUAUUUCCCUGGUGGAGUUUUGGUUGGAUGCGGAGCCGGGUUUUUAAAUGUGCCGAAAAUUAAAGGAACUCAUACAGCUAUCAAAUCGGGAAUCGUUGCUGCUGAAGCCAUAUUUGAACGUAUAAGGGAAUUGGAAUUGGAUGACGAAGAAGAAUUUGAAAAUCAAAUUAUUAAUGAUGCAAUCAACUUGUCUGAAUACGAAUCAAAUUUCAGACAAUCUUGGGCAUAUGAAGAAUUAUAUCAAGUGAGAAACGUUAGACCAAGUUUUAACUCCUCCCUUGGUAUUCUUGGUGGAUUAGCCCAUUCUGGCUUAACAACUAUGAUAACUCGAGGUCAUGAACCAUGGACAUUACAAUUUUCCCAUUCAGAUUCCGCCGCUACUAAACCAGCAUCGAAUUACAAACCAAUUUCGUAUCCUAAACCUGAUAACGAAUUAACAUUUGAUUUAUUAACAUCAGUAUCAAGAACAGGUACAUAUCACGAUGAAGACGAACCAUGCCAUUUACGUGUACCCAAUCAAGAUUUACAAAAACAUGCUAAAUUAAACUGGCCAAAAUACCAAGGUAUUGAACAACGAUUUUGUCCUGCUGGAGUAUAUGAAUACUUACCUGAUGCUAAGAAUGACUUGGGGGUUGAAUUUAAGAUUAAUUCACAAAAUUGUAUUCAUUGUAAAACUUGUGAUAUUAAAGUGCCUUCACAGGAUAUUAAUUGGACGGUGCCGGAAGGUGGCGAUGGACCAAAGUAUUACAUGACGUAA